GGCGUAAUGUUCCGUUGGCAUGCAAUGCAUGAGUCCGCUCAAGUAUAGUUCUUUUCUCUCCGCCAGUGGUGCUUUGCAGUUGCUGUUUAAAAUUAAAGUGAAAGUAAAGAAAUAAGUGAAAGUGCAUCUGCAGAGCUUUGACGGUGACGUUAUUAAAUGAAUAUAAGCGCAUUAUAUUGGCACAAAUGCUCAGUAUCAUCCGAUAUAGCCAGGUCUCCUCAAUUAGGCUACAUGCGAGCAAUAAAAUCAAAUUUUAUUUGCAUCGCAAAAUUUCACCGUCAUUAUUUAAAUUUGUGGAUACCUGUACUCUUCGUUCUCUGCAUCAACACGUAGAGAAUAUUCAUGGAAAACAUCUGCAAUACGAAAUUUAAACAAUUUUGAAGUGUAUAUUUUGUUAAAGAUAACCUUCAUUGUGGGUUGUGCUUUCAUUAGUGUAAGCUAGUAAUUAAAACUUAUUUGUCAUUUCUCUCUCUCUCCCUCUCUCUCUCACACACACACAUGCACACACACACACACACACAGUUUACUCAGGUUGGAUAGCUAUAAUCAUUUCUGUUAAAAUAAAAUGUUAUAUCCAAACAAGUGUCUGCAGUUCCACUCUCCAAUAUACUUACUGCUUUUUCUGUGGGCCAGUGAAAAUUCAGCCUUUGGAACACCACUAGCCACAGUGCCUGUGCUGCAGGUGUCCAGUGUGCACGGGACUUCACUAGUGCUGAAUGGAACCGUGGGGGAGUCCAUUGUGCUGCCCACGGAUGAGGAAGGACCAAUCAGAGGACCAGGCUACAUGGAGUGGAGAAAGAACAAUACUAAUGUCAUCCAAUUAGUGCGCGAGCAGGACAGCUCACCUUUUGAAACCUGGGCGACAAAUGCAACUUUUAAAGGGAGGCUGAUUGUGAAUUAUGAAACCGGGGCUCUGACCAUUAGUUCUCUGAGAGAAGAGGAUUCUGGGGAAUAUGUCUUUAAUGGUUUACGAUCAUUCGUGUCCCUUAGGCCAAAAACGAUACAACUACACAUUUAUGAGAGGAUUGUUUCAGUGCAGGUAACCUCCCAGGUGAAUAACAGCACAGACGGCACCAGCUGUCACGUGACCCUGAGUUGCAGUGUGAUUGGUGGCAGCCAGGUGGUGCUGUCCUGGAGCAGAAAUGGAGAGAACAUUGCUGGAGCGGAGAACAGAACUACGCUGAGUGUAUCCCCCACCCGUGUAGAAGAGAACUACACCUGUACAGCCAUUAACCCCAUCAGCUCACUAAACAACACAGUGACAGCCGGGCCCUGCCAAACAGGUCUAGAUUCUCCUGGUCUCUCGCUGUGUGCGCUAAAGUCAGUGCUGUUCUCCCUGGGUCUGGUUGCCAUGGUUUCGGCUGUCAUUGCAGUUAAUGCCAGAGAGAGGUGCUGCAGAGAUCAAGGAGGAUGAAUCUGUCAGAGUGGUGGAGAGAAUUCCUACCUGAAAUAGUUGUGUGUGUGUGUGUGUGUGUGUGUGUGUACGUGUGUGCAUGUGUGCGAGUGUGAGAGUGAGUGUGUGUGUGUGUGUGCAUGCGCAUGCGUGUGUGCGUGUAAGUGCGUGUAAGUUCUUCAAGACUGAAAAAUCUAUGAAACAGGAAGAGGUGUGGCCUGACUGGUAUCUGAUCAGGCGGAAGCUUUUUCAUUAAGGAUGACAGAUUAAAACCGAUGAACUGAAAUUAAAUUACAAAGCAAGAUUUAAAACAAUGGCAUUGAAUUCAAGUUUUUCAUUUGAAGGGAUGUGUUGUCAGUUUCUCAGAAACUUCUCUAUCAUUAUAUUAUGUUAUGUCAUGUUAUUUGGGGUCAUCCAUGUCUUCUGGUGGAAAAUUUGAACAAAACAAUGCAUCAUUUAAAUUGUGCAUGACAUCUUUCGGCAGUGGGUGAAGUAGAAAAAACAAGUGCCUAUACAGGAUAAGAGCUAAACUUCCCAUUUUUGAGCAAAGAAAACGUGGAAAAGACAGGUUCCCUUGCAGCCACCAUUGUUUACAGAAAUAUACCGUCAUUUCAACGAGUCACUUAACAACAGUUGCUUGCCAUUCAGUUCGUGAGUCGCUGAUACGCUCACAAUUCUAAAUUUAGUAAAUGUAUCGGGAGGCAGAAUUCCAAUCUCCUAACCAGCGCGACAAGAGUUUUCCUUUAUUCUGCUAGUGAAAAUCAGCACAUACAAAUCGGCAGCCUAAAACUAAGAGUCUUAUCGUGGUAAAUAACUGUAGCGUACAUACGUAAAUCCACCACUAAGUACGCAAUAAGUAGUAAUUGUGCGCAUAUAGGCAGAAAUCAACAGUAUCGGUAUGGAGUACCGUCCUUAUUUAAGCAGUAUUUAUCUGCCGCUCACAGCUCUCUCGUGUCGUUCUGACAGAUGAUUUGCUUUGGUUCGUUUUUUCGUUUUUGGUCUCCGCCGUUUUUAAAAAUGAUAAUUCUGUAUGCAGUCCAAUUAUUGUUUGCUGUACGGACAAAUACCUCCACUUCCUGUUUCCCUCACAAGCAGAAGAGUGAAAGGCCACUCAAUGCGGAUGUGGACUCUUAUUUCUUACAAAUAAAUAUACUAAUUUAUGGAC